AUGCUAUGGAUUCACCUCUCCCAGCUAUAUAAUCGCCCUAGCUCUUGCUCUGAUAAUUCUUUGUAUAGCGAUUUUGUGCUGCAGACGAUGUAUCAAGAAGGUAAGCUGGUGACUGUUUGCAACAAUAAUUGUGGCAAUGCAAUAUUGGAGCAUGGAAAAUCUGGAUCAACUGCUUCUUCAAAAAGAACUAGAACUCAGUCUGCAGUCAAGAAGCCCAGCCUUCCUGAAGAUGAUGAGGAAGAGGAAUGGGACCCGUGGAUCCAUCCUUGGGGCCCAGAGGAACACAAAGAAAUGUUGAAAAAGAAAAGAGCAUCCAAAACUUCGACAAAAACAAGCUCAGCAUCUAAGACUUCGUCUUCAACAAUUAGCAGCAGCGCAAAGCCAAAAGGAAGAUGA